AUGGAGGAUUUUGUUGAGAACCUCGGCAUUCCAGCUGAGGGCCCUGAGGCAGGUGAUCUGCCCUUUCGACCUGAGAGUGUGUUUCUUUUGCAGCCUGACGGCACGGCCGAUCCUUUCUACCAGAUCGGUUUGAUUCGUUUGCCUGCACCCGGUGGGGCCGAAGAGCCCGACCCAGUUCCAGUCAUUCUAAUUACUCGUGUGCAAGGAAAGAUUUUAGCUGCUAUACCUUUCAGUUUUUGGCAGCGUUCCGUAGCCCGAAGAAAGCUACCGCCUCAAUCCUUUUCGAAAGCUGCUUCUGUUUCCGUCGGUUCAGUGUUAGAUGUUGAUCGAGAAGUUCCGAUAGAAGGCACCUACAUCAAGAUUUGGAUAGGUUUCCUGUCGGAAGAACUGAUCCAAUGUCUCGAUUUCGUGAGUGUUCAGUCGGCCGAGCUAGAGAACGCAUGCCUCACCGAACAGGAGGUAGGCGAGCAUGUUCCUUUGGCCGAAGCUCUUCAGACAGUAGCAGACGAGAAAUUCAGUUUCUUGUCGGCCGAAUCCGGAGGGCCCGAUCUUGGGAAGAGCAGUCAGGAGAAGCGGAUUGCCCGUGUCGAAGAGGCCCUAGUCGAGAUGAAGGCUCUCCUACAUCAGUUUGCCCAAACCAAGGCUCGACCACAGAGCCCGGCUCCUGCAGCAAAGGCCCGGGUGACGUUCAAGCCGCCUACUCAGAUUCCCCCAGAGAAUCCAAUAGCUGGGCUGGACCCUCAUGUGGUGCAAUCAGCCCUCCGGGCAGGAGUCUCUCAGGUGCAGUUGGAGGAGCUGGGACGUAUGCUGACCGGAAAGAAGCCAGAUCUAGCGGAUGUUGCUCGCCCCUCUGCUUUGCGGAAGCCGGCUCGCUUGGAUGUGUUGGGAGAAAGCGACGAAGAAGGCGAGGCCCCCACCGAGCCCGGGGGGGAGUUGAAGCCGAGCGCCGAGGAGCUCGAAAACCCCAUGCAAUCAUCCUUGCUAAAGCUCACCAGCAUUCUGGAGCACCUCACAAGCCCUACAAAGAAGCAGCGCAGUCUCCAAGACACUUUAGACGAUUCAGUGGGCCACGGGGAAGUAUCCUCUACUUCUUCCAGCAGCGGACACGGCAGACGACGUGCCGCUGUCCUUCAGACUUUGCGGAAAGCAAUGAGAGAUUGCCCAGAAGAGCUCUAUGGUGUUCUGGAGAAAAACAUGCACGGUCCGCACCCUUUGGGCUAUGUGGAGCUCGAGACUCUCGAUGCUCUUCGACAGAAUCGCAUUGCGGAGGCAAAGGCUCGGCUGAGUCUUCUGGUUGCUGCCAUCGAUCAAGUCUCUUACGACAAAGGGUCGUGGUUGCUGGGUGCGGAGGUCUUGCUCGAGGAUGGACCCCCCUUUGGAAGUUUCAGCAAACAUCAAGCCCCGGAGAUCUUCGAGGUUCAUCACUCCCGACUUCUGCCAGCACAAUGGGCAGAGGCCAUGAUGUUUCGAAUCAGGGAGCUGGACGAUUUUGCAGAGAAACGGGCGAAGUUGGGAAAGCGCCAGAUUCAGAACGAUGCUCCAACGGGCGCUCCGCCGGCCAAACCAGACAAGCCGAAGCCGAAAGCGAAAAACAAGGGCAAAGGAAAGGGAGAGACGCAGGAGGAGAGCAAUCAUCCUCCUGCGGGCAGCAGCAAUUGA